AAAUUAUAAAAAGAGUUUCCGGUGUAAACAAGGAGGCGGGGACUUCAACUUAUCAAGACUUUCAAGAAGUUCAUUUAUCUGUUUAAGAUUAGAACGAGACGGAUCGCAUGAUCUAAAUAUGUAGAUUGAAAUAAUUUGAAACUGAAAAUGGGAGCUAUCCGACCUGUGAAGCUUGAAGGUUUAGAUAUAUAUCCCGCUACGGUAGAAGGUCUGCAAGAAACAUUUGGUUCUACACAUUUUAUAUUAGCAAAGGCAAGAUGGAUGUCAGAUGAUGAAGCUUCAAACUGUGUCUUAUGUCAGAACAAAUUUAACCAGCUACGAAGAAAACAUCAUUGUAGGAUGUGUGGAAGAAUCUUGUGCAGCAAAUGUUGUAAAGAAAAGAUGCCGCUACCACAGCUUAGAUGUGAAGAACCAGAAAGAGUUUGUGAGAUUUGUCGGCCUGCAGCAGAAUGUGUAACUAAGUCAAGGUCAACCAUACUGUCCUUUAAGUUUGAAGCUGUGAAAGGUAUUGUUAGUAUGUGUAAAGAAGAUAAAGGACUGUGUAAGUUAGUAGAACUUGGAGGUGUGCAGAUGUUGAUAUCUAUGUCAAAGGAACCAGAUGCUGCUUUAAGGGCUCUGAUAGCUGAAGGCUUACAUAUUCUGUCAACACACCAACCACUACAUCAGAUGUUAGCUGUUGUUGGUGUUAUCAAAGCUUUAUGUUGGAUGAUAUCAGCCUGUGAUAUAGUGACGGAGGAAAAGGCAGUUAUCGACAGUCUUAGUGCAUUAACUAUCUUCUGUAAACUCACUGAAUUUAAGAUGAAAGCCUUACAAGAUGGUGCCUUAGAAGCUGUAUUAAAGUUAUUCCAGGCCCAGACAACACCAGCCAUAUCUCUUGUAGCUGUCAGUACUCUGUCCUUACUUAUGGAGAAUCCUAAUACACAUACAAAGAUCAUGGACAACCCUGGGAAUAUACUGAGGAAUAUGCUACUUCUGUGUGGAUCAGAAGAUGAACAGAUGCAGGAAAUUUCCUUGAAAACUUUGUCACACUUGUCAAUUGGAACAGACUGGCACAGACAUAAAAUAGUUCAGGAAGAUUUUACAGCUGGACAAAUGAUUUUGAAAGUGAUGAGAAGUAAACCUAAAAAUGACCAAAUACUUUGUAAUGCAACCUGUCUGGUGGCUAACCUUUCAACAAGUUCUGAAGAUCAGGGAGGUCUUCAAGAGUUGCUAUCAUGUUUAGGUGAAAUAAUGAAAUCAGAUAUGAAAAGUAGUGCAUUAUUGGUCCAGAUUUCAAGAGGAAUGGCUAAUUUUGCUGCAUUCCCACAAAAUACAGAUAAAUUGUUACAACAUUUACCAGUGAUAGUGUACAAAUUUCUGAAAUCACCAGAUAACAUUGUUAAAAUGCAUGGAAUGAGAGCUGUGCUACACCUACUUUCUAAGAAACCAAGUAAUACAGUGGAAGAACUUUUAAGAGAUGGAGCUGGUGAUUUGUUAACUAGCAUAUCCAGACUACCUGGUGUUAUAGACGCUAUACAGACUUCCUUACUAACACAAGCUCCAAGCAGAUCUAGACCAUCUUUUAGAUAACAUUUUUCUUCAAAAAAUUAUAUUGAUAUGAAGAGCUUUAUGGUUUAUUUGUUAAGUGUCAGAAUAUUGGUUUUACCUUUUUCUUAUUUAUGCUUAUUUUUAACUUGUUGCCUUUUUUUGUUUGUUUUAUAGAGUAUACUCUUACUGUUAACUUAAAAUGGGAUAAUUAACAUACCAGCUUAGUUAUAUUAACUAUUAUGUAACCUUGAAUUGCUUAAUGCAGAGGCUAGAUUUCUUUCCAGAUUUUUUUUACCUUGCCUAUAAACUCACCUGGACUUAUACUCUACCAUUCAUCAAAAUUUUAAAAGAAGUUUAUUUCUGAGACACUGUACAAAGUAGGUUCAUGUAGGCCAGGAUUUGAAUCUAGCCUUGAGAAAGGUCAGUAUCCAAACAAAUGUAGGUCAUGGUAUAUUUGUUCCUUUCAAUGUAUUUGGUUAAUUUUUAAAUCAAGGUUUUUUAAAAGCACUUUUGAAAAUAGGAUAAUUCAGAAUUGUGUAGGAUGCAUCCUUGAUUCUAUGUCAAUAUUUGGAGAGUCAAUCUAACCUAUAUUCCCCCUUCAACGACUCAUUAAUCGUUUGCUCCCUAGGAUACCUUUAAGUCUCCAUUUAUUAUAUAAUCGUGGUAAUUAGUGUUGGAUAUAUGUCACUUUGACUUAUAUUUACUGCUUUACUUGUUUUGAAUUUUAUAAUUUGCAUCAAGGCUAAUAUCUAUCUCUCUUUACAUAAUUUCGUUGGUUCUGCUUUCUGCUUUAUUGAUAAUGAAUGAUUCAUGUAUAUGAUGCAGAACAAAGCAGACAUUGUAAAUGUAGAUGCUCACCUUUUUAAGCAUAUUUAUGAUUAUACUGUUUUUUUUCUGACACUUUAUAUAAUUAUAAGUUUAAAUUUGAAGUAA